CUCACUCUCUCCUCUCUCUCUGAGCAACAAUGGCGAGCCUCUCACUCUCCUUCACGUCAGCACACACUCUCUCCCUCCACCGCCGCACCUCCAAGCUCGUCUCCGCCGUAUCUCAGCCGCGGCUGCUUCAGGUCCGCGCCGCGAAGCUCUCCCCCCGCGCCACCGCCGCCGUUGGCUCGCUCCGGUACAAUCCUCUGAGAGUUUCGAUUAGCGGAAGCGAGGACUCGACGUUGAUGAUGAAGAAGAAGAAGGACAGCAGGAGGGGAAUGACUACGGUUUGUUACGCUGCGCCUCUCUCAGUCCAUACUAUCCAGUGGAUCGCCACCAUUUCUUCUGCGAUCUUGUUGGCUGUGAAAGGAACAGCUGUGCAGAAAUCGUUUCUGGUGCCAUUGUUUGCUCUUCAAGCUCCUGGUAGCUUCACCACAUGGAUUAAGGGUGAAUAUGGCUUCUGGACUGCAUUUCUAGCGCUUCUCGUUCGCCUCUUCUUCUUCAUUCCUGUGGAACUUGAAUUGCCAUUAGUAGCAUUACUCCUGGUGAUUGUUGCUCCAUACCAAGUUAUGAACCUAAGGGGAAGACAAGAAGGUGCUAUCAUUUCUCUAGUCAUUGCGGGAUAUGUGGCUUUUCAGCAUUUCACAGGCAUUGGAAGCUUGAAUCAAUCAUUUGACCGAGGUUCAAUUGUUGCAACCUUAGCCAUCAUUUGUGUCACUGUCAUGUCUUUGCUUGCUACUGUUAUGACUUUCAUGUAAAGUAGAAAGUAAAGUAGUGAUCAUCUAGAGUUUGAAAGCUUGAGAUCAGGCAUAACUGCUGAACCUUUUAUGUUCUCUUUCUGAAUAUGUAUAAGAUGAAUAAAGUUCUCAGUGUUCAUAUUUUUUCAAUGUAAGGAAAUAUUGUCAACUAGUGUUGCCUCU